CUCCCACCUCCCAUCCUUUCCUCUCGAUCCAUCCUCAGGGAGAAAGCAAAAAGAUGGCCCAAGGCACGAUCAAAGUCAAGAAGCCCAGCGCAGCGACGACGGCUCGACGCCCCGCAGCGCUGGGGCCGAAGAAGGGAGCGCGCACGAUCGCGCCGCGUAAGCAGACGCUGGUGAAGAAUAUGAAGAUGGCUAAGAAACAUUCAGCGGGUUUGACGGCGAUGACGGAGAGAACGCUGGGGGCGAAAGCAGGACAUUUGGAAUUGUUGAAGGGAGGGAGGAAGAAUAAAGAUAAAGAUGGGAAGGGGAAGGAGGUCGAGGUUAAGAAGGGGGGGAGUAAGAAGUUUGGUUGAGGGGCAGUCGGGGGAAUAUAAUAAUAUGUGGAAGAAGGUUUUGGGUUCGAGGACGUGGCGAGGUGAGGUGAGGUGACGUUGAGGAUUUGA